AUGAACAAUAAAUCUAUUAAUCAACAAGACCAUCUCCCCUUCCCCUUAUUUAACCACAGGUUUUUCAGUGAGUUCUCAUAGGAUUCGAAAUUAAUUGGACAUCUCAAUUAAGAAAUGCUACACCUCAAUCAUAAGUGUUCCUACAAAUGGAUGAACUAACCGAAGUUAGAAUGGACUCUAGAUAAUGAUAUCAAAAUACUUGUGAUUACAUGGAAUAUGCAUGGGAUUAUACCUGGUUACCCUUUAAAGAGACUUUUUAAUGUUGAAUAAGUCCAUCAUGAUUUAAUUGUAGUGGGAACUUAAGAAUGUUCCAGGAGCAUAGCUGUAUCACUCUUAUGCGAAUCAAAAGGAAGUUGGGAAUCAAAAUUGAAAGAAGAACUAGGAAAAAAUUACGUUAAAGUCCAAUCCACAACACUGAAUGCAAUGCAUCUCAUCGUAUUUGCCCAUGUCCUAUUGAUCCCUAAAAUUAAGAAUGGAAGACCUUAUACACUCUCACAAGGCUUUAUGGGAAUAGUGGGUAAUAAAGGAGGAAUUGCAGUCUCUCUUAAUAUUAAUGAUAAAAUAUUCUUAUUUGCAAACAGUCAUCUUGAAAGUGGAUAGAAUGCAGAGAGUAAAAGGUAAACUCAAUUCUCUAAACUUGAAACUCACUUUGAAAAAGAGGUUUUCUCUAGUCACAAGAAUGUACCAUAUGAUUAUUUGAUCUGGACAGGCGACUUUAAUUCAAGAAUAGAUUAAAAAAUCACAACUUAAACUAUUAGACACCAUUCUGAUUUUUUCAUGUGGCUCUAAAACGAUCAAAUGUAUUAAAGUAGAAAUCAUUCCUAAGAUUAUUAAUCCUAUUUUCAUGAAGGAAUGAUCUUCUUUCCACCCACAUAUAAAAUGUUAGAAUUCCACAAUUAAUGGGCUGUUGGAAAAGAUUUCAGAAUACCUGGAUGGUGUGAUAGAAUUCUAUUUAAGGAAAAUAAAAAAACAAAAACCUUUUCUUCGACACAAGGAUAAAAUGAAAGUGUUACAUAAGAACUUAAAUUAUAAAAUUAUGAUGCAAACUUCGAUAUUCUAGGAAGUGAUCAUAGACCUGUUUUUGCUCAAUUCACAGUUUCCUUUUAAUGA